AAAAAAAAUACAGCAAAUUCAAGAUAGUAAUGCCAGAAGGUUAGUUAAAUUGCAAUAAGCAAAGAGAGACGUAUUUUUUCUGGUUUCUGGAUCCAAUUACCUUAUAUAAAAUUAUUAGAAAAUUAAAUUAAGAAAAAAGGAAGAAGAAAAGAAGAAGAAGAAGUAGAAGAUAUACAAUCCAUAUGUGCCAAUUCCUUUCCUUUUUUUAUUUUUUUUUUUAAUUUUAUUUUUAGAUCUAUCAUCUAUAUAUGUAUAUAGUUUUGUUCUUCUGUUAACUGACAAAUUUGCACUGGCAAAACGGCGGUAUUUUGUUAUAAUGGCCAUCUGCAACAACCAAUUUAAGCUGUUAUCCAUUUGCAGACAUCUUCCAUAAUAAGUCAUCCUUGUAUUUUGACACAAACCGAAAUUUAUCUGAUAUAAACAGUCCAAAAAACAACCGCAUCAAUCAACAAGGAAGAAACAAACAAGACCCAGAGAUUUGCCAAAUUAAAGAGAAAACAAGACAGGAAAAGAGAGAUGGGUACUGAAUAUAAAGAGUCUACAGUUCCUUUUCUUGAAUCUUCUUCUUCUUCAUCAGGAAGAACAGGAUCAGCUUCUUCAAUUCAAACUCUAGGGAAUAUUAUUGUUUCAAUUGUUGGAACUGGUAUUUUAGGCCUUCCUUUUGCUUUUAAAAUUGCUGGUUGGUUUGCUGGUUCAGUUGGUGUUUUAGUUGCUGGAAUUGCCACUUACUAUUGCAUGCUUUUGCUGGUUCAAUGCAGAGACAAGCAAGCAUCCGAAGAAUUAACACCAGAAACAAAAACAUACGGCGACUUGGGUUACGAAUGCAUGGGCAAUACAGGCCGUUACUUAACGGAAUUUCUUAUUUUUACAUCUCAAUGUGGAGGAUCAGUAGCAUACUUAGUUUUUAUUGGCCAAAACCUAUCAUCAAUAUUCAAAAGCACAGGCCAUGGUCUCAAUUUCUCAUCCUAUAUAUUCCUGUUAGUCCCAAUUGAAAUUGCACUUUCUUGGAUUAAUUCUUUAUCUGCUCUAGCGCCUUUUAGCAUUUUUGCAGACGUAUGCAAUAUGUUGGCAAUGGCAAUAGUGGUGAAAGAGGAUGUAGAAAAGGUAAUAAGUGGUGAAUUUAAGUUCAGCGAUAGAACGGCAAUUACAUCUAACAUAGGAGGGUUGCCUUUUGCUGGAGGGAUGGCAGUGUUUUGUUUUGAAGGAUUUGGAAUGACUCUAGCACUGGAGGCAUCAAUGACUGAAAGGGGCAGAUUCUCUAGUUUGUUAGCCAAAGCAUUCACUGGAAUUACUCUUGUCUAUGUGCUAUUUGGAUUUUCUGGUUAUAUGGCUUAUGGUGAUCAAACUAAAGACAUUAUAACCCUCAAUUUACCUCAUAACUGGUCUACCAUUGCAGUUCAGAUUGGAUUGUGUCUGGGACUAAUGUUCACAUUUCCUAUCAUGGUACAUCCAAUUCAUGAAAUUGUGGAGGGGAAGCUAGAAAACAGUGGAUGGUAUCAAAAGCUCCAUUGCAAUGAUGGUGGAAUUGCAACGAGAGUUGGAAAAUUUGGAAGAUAUGUGAGUCGUGCGAUUCUGAUCGUUAUGUUGGCAGUCUUGGCAUCAUUUGUUCCUGGGUUUGGCAUGUUUGCUUCGCUUGUUGGGAGUACCGUAUGUGCACUAAUCUCAUUUGUUCUGCCAGCUACAUUUCACUUGAUACUGUUAGGUCCAUCUUUGCAUUUCUGGCGGCGAGCCUUAGAUUAUUGCAUUUUGAUAUGUGGAUUGCUAUUUGCCGGUUAUGGUACUUACAACACCGUGGUUGGUGUUUGAAACAAUUUUGGUUUUGAGUUUCUGUUUCGUUUUGAAGGAAAGAUGUCUCUGCACUACAAGCAGUGGCUGCAUAAAACAAGUAUAUGACUGUUUAUGGAAAGAGAUACAGUGUUGGAAACAGAUAGAACAGAAAUUGUACACUGAAAUAUAUCAAUAGGCUUUGUGUUUUGAUAGUAACAGUAGGACCUCAUCCAAUCAAAAUGUAGUUCAGUUAUUAAACCAUUUGCUCCUACCAUUA